ACUCAACUUCCACUUCUUUGGAAUUCUUUAUAUUUUUCACGCUCCCAUUUUCUCAAGAACAUUGCAUCAGCUCUUAACUACUCUGCAUUUGUUUUGUGCAGGUGUGCUGUCUGAAACAAACAUGAAGUUUGCAGCUGUAAUCCUCGCUCUAGCCAUUAUUUCAGGCUGCCAUGGGGGCUUCUUGCUUAAUGAUGACCCAAACAAGACCUUGCAGGAGCAAGUGGAUUUGUUCAUGAGCCGGCUAUCUGAGGUGGCCAAUGCUAAGGAGAUGAGGGACAGCAUCCAGAACACCCAGAUCGGCAGAGAAUUAGACACUCUGAUCUCUGACAUCAUGAGGGAACUGCAAAUGUACAGUGAAGAUGUGCAGAACAAACUGGCCCCCUAUGCACAGGAGACAGCCCUGAAAUUUAAAGACGACCUGCAACUUCUUGCAAAUAAGCUUCGCACACACAUGGAGGAAGCUAAGGAACGUGUCACUGAAUACACUCAGGAGCUUCAGACCAUGGUGGAGCAGAACACUGAUGAAGUCAAGAACAAGUUCAACGCUUACAUCCGAAAACUAAAGAAACGUUUGAGCAAGGACACCCAGGAAAUCAACAAGAAACUGUCAACAUUCUUCGAGGAACUUCGCUCUCGCGCUGCUCAGAGUAUGGAAGACAUAAAGGCUCGCCUUGAACCAUACUUCUCUGACAUGCUUCAGCGUGCCGAAGACAAGCUGACAACUCUGGGAGAGCUGCUGAAGAGCCAGGCUGAAGUAAUUAAAGACCAGCUGGAAUCACAAAUGCAGGAUCUCAAAGAGAAAGCUGAGAAGACCACCGAGAAUUUGCGUGCCGCCGUUCAGAAUAGGGCAGAAGAGCUCCAGAAAUGGUUUCAGUCCUAAGAGCUUGUAAUGCUAAAGAAUCAGGUGUCAUAGCAAAACGAAUUGGACAGACUUUUCCAGGUCGCUUUGCUAGAAAAACAGGUAUUUUGAAUAUAAAAGUAAACUGAUGUAAAAAGUUAAUGGAUUUAGGACUCAUCUGUAUGUAGGCUACAGAGGAUAUAAUGUAAAGACCAAUAAAAACAGUGU